AUGACUACAGAAUCGUCUAAUGAACAGAAAAUAACAUUCAUAUUAUUAUUUUCUCGAAAUCAACCGUCAUGUGAUGUUCCGUAUUUAAUGGCACAACGAGAUGAACAAAUCUCUCCGAUGUUAUUAUCAACAACUUUAUAUUUUAUGCGUGAUCUUAUUGAUUACAGAGCUAUAUCAUUUGAAAAUUCUAUUUAUAUUAUCGGAGGUCGUUAUUCAUCCACAGGACAUCUUUCAAAUUCAGUUUUUAAAUAUGAUGCUGAAAUUGAUUUUUGGCGAGCAUGUGAAUCAAUGAAAGCACCACGUGCUAAUUUUGCGGUGACUAUUUUUGAAUCAAAAAUUUAUGUAAUUGGUGGAGAAGGGCUGAAAGGGGUAAUUGUACAAUCAGUUGAAGCAUAUGAUCCGAAAGCUAAUACAUGGAAAGAAGUUGGUAUAUUUGCUAAACCAAAACGAAAUAAUGCAUCUUGUACAAUUCAUGAAAAAUUAUGGUCAUGUGGUGGUGCUGGUUCAUUAAUUGAAGCGAAAUCGACUGAUGAACUCAUUGUUGUUGAUCCAAGACCCAAUGAAUGGAAACGUUCAUUAACAAAUUAUACGUUACCUAGCCCACGCGAACAACAUUGUUUUACUGUUUUUAAUAACAAUGCGUUAAUAUUUGGUGGAUGUCAUAAAAAUGGUGAUGAAGUUCAGAAUAUUCAAACAAUCAUACGUGCUAGUAAUCAUUCACCGGAAAGUGCGCCUGAGUGGGAAGAACUUAGUGAUCAAUUACAACACCCACGUACCGAUUGUGGUUAUUUUCAAUUAGGUUCAUCAUUAUAUAUUAUUGGUGGUCACGAUUCUCAAUCAGGUGAUCCAACAAAAAUAAUUGAACGAAUUGAUUUUACCGAUCCGUCUAAUAUAAUAAUCGAAGAACUAUUUGAAAUUGAUAAGAAUUUAGGUGCUGUAGAUUGUUGUGUUGUUCAAACUAAUCAAUUUAAUGAACAUCUUUUACCAUUAGCUUCUUAUUUAAAUCGUUGGAUUAUAUGGUAA